AUGGCAACUCCCUAUUAUGGUAUGAUCGAAGAAGUUUGGGUGAUGCUGAUUGAUGAUGACAAAGAGUUUGUCACUCACAUGACUGUUAUAACAGUUGAUACGACUUCAACAACAGUGUCAUUGCUCUCUAAAGGAAAUCAAAUAAUCGAUGUGAUGAUACUCAAUGUCCAUUCAUCAAACCUUCUUUCUUUUGCCCUCUUAGCUCAAGCUGUGGCUUUGGAUAUAAUUUCACUCGUUGUAUGUGAUGAAUUCAAUGAACUUGUUGCAAAGAAGACUUUGGAAGAUGGAGCUUAUCUUUACCUUAAAAAGCCAUUUGACAAGGAAAUUGUGAGAUACUUGUGGCAAUUCGUAUUGAGUGAAAAAAUACAAAGAGAGAAAGCGAGAAAAGGAUCAGGAAAACAUAAAUAUCAUAUGAAGUUUGUUGAUAUCAGUACUAAUAAUAUUGUUGGAGAAAAUAAAGAACCCGAAGAGAAAAAUGUCUCUUAUACUAAGGAACAGAGCAAUAAUAUUCAUGAGGCUGGAAGCGAUGUUGUAUUAAGUGGAAAAUACACGCUACAUAGGAAGAGAGGAUGUUACCCCAAGAAGAUUCUUGAAGUGAUGAACUUGCCUGGUCUUACUAGGAUGCAAGUUGCAAGCCACCUGCAGGGAGCAACAUAUUCAGGUAGCAUAAUAGUGUCUAGUACAUACAUUGGAAAUGCAAUAAUUAAUAACUACAACUUGAAUGUCCUUGUGGACAAUGUGACAACUUAUUCAAGUAGUGCAAUGGUGUCUGAUACUUAUGUUGGAAAUGUUACUAUUAAUGGACUGGGAGCAACAAAUGUGAAUGCAAAUGCCCAACAACAUGUUGGUGAACCAAUCAUGUCUGGUCCAAGAAAUACUGAUGUGGCAUCGUAUGAGAAUUACGUUGAAGGGAGUAACUCAAAUGAGAAGGAAAAUUGUGAUGCAUAUUUAAAUUUCAAUAAUAUGGAUUAUCUUUUCCAGAAUCUUGGACCUCCAAGUGCUAACCUACCUAAUGAGCAAGGCAAUGAGUUUGAUUAA